GCAGGGAGCGGAGAAGGGGAGGAUGCGCCUGGGCCGCCGUCGCGGUUGUUAGUGCUGCUUCGAGGAACCCGAGCCCAGGAAGGGUGGAGUGUGCAUGUGUGUGUGCGCGCAAAAGAAGGAGGCGUCGUCGUCGUGAGGGUGGCUGUGAGGGGCGCCUCGCUCGCUCUACACCACUUUCCCCAUCCUCACCGAUGUUGCUGUGUUUGGGGGCAGUGGGGACAAAGCAACUGCCUGGAAUAUAGGGAUCCCUCUGCACUUUACCUCUCAGCCCCAAGCCCAGGGCUGCUGUUUGCUGUCACUAAAGUCUUUGUAACCAUCAAUCCAAGUGCGGUUUCGAUGGAAAAAUGAAGGUUGCACGUUUUCAACAACUGCCUAAUGAUGACAAUGAAAUAAUGAUUCCUGUCCUGACUUCCAAAAAAGCAAGUGAAUUACCAGUUGAUGAAGUUGCAAGCAUCCUUCAGGCUGACCUUCAGAAUGGCUUGAAGAGCUGUGAGGUUUGUCAUAGACGGGCUUUCCAUGGAUGGAAUGAGUUUGAUAUUGGUGAGGAUGAACCACUAUGGAAAAAAUACAUUUCUCAGUUUAAAAACCCCCUUAUUAUGCUUCUCCUGGCUUCUGCAGUUAUCAGUGUUAUAAUGCAUCAGUUUGAUGAUGCCGUCAGUAUCACUGUGGCAAUACUUAUUGUUGUUACAGUUGCCUUUGUUCAGGAAUACCGUUCAGAAAAAUCUCUUGAAGAGCUGAGUAAACUUGUACCUCCAGAAUGCCACUGUGUUCGAGAGGGUAGGGUAGAACAUACACUUGCAAGAGACUUGGUUCCAGGUGAUACUGUCUGCCUCUCUGUGGGAGACAGAGUUCCUGCGGACUUGCGCUUAUUUGAGGCCGUGGAUCUUUCUAUUGAUGAAUCUAGUCUGACAGGCGAGACAACUCCUUGCUCUAAAGGCACUUCUCCUCAAUCAUCUGCUACCAAUGGAGACCUUACUUCAAGAAGCAAUAUUGCUUUCAUGGGGACACUGGUUCGAUGUGGAAAGGCAAAGGGAAUUGUUAUUGGAACUGGAGAAAAUUCUGAAUUUGGAGAAGUUUUCAAAAUGAUGCAAGCUGAAGAAGCUCCAAAGACACCUUUGCAGAGGAGCAUGGAUCUCCUAGGGAAACAACUUUCCCUGUAUUCCUUUGGUAUAAUUGGUAUAAUUAUGUUGGUUGGCUGGCUGCAAGGAAAGCGUAUCCUUGAUAUGUUUACCAUUGGUGUGAGUUUGGCUGUAGCUGCGAUCCCUGAAGGACUCCCUAUCGUUGUAACGGUAACAUUGGCUCUUGGUGUGAUGAGAAUGGUCAAGAAACAGGCUAUUGUAAAAAAGCUGCCAAUUGUUGAAACAUUAGGCUGCUGCAAUGUGAUUUGUUCAGAUAAGACUGGUACACUGACAAAGAAUGAAAUGACGGUUACCCAUAUAUUUACAGCAGAUGGGCUACAUGCUGAGGUUACUGGAGUGGGCUAUAAUAGGUUUGGAGAAGUUGUGGUUAAAGGUGAUGUUGUUCAUGGAUUUAACAAGCCAUCUGUUAGCAGAAUUGUUGAGGCUGGAUGUGUGUGCAAUGACGCUGUAAUUAGAAACAACACUUUAAUGGGAAAACCAACAGAAGGGGCCUUAAUUGCACUUGCUAUGAAGAUGGGUUUAGAUGGAAUCCAACAGGACUACAUAAGAAAAGCAGAAUAUCCCUUCAGCUCUGAGCAAAAAUGGAUGGCUGUGAAGUGUAAACAUAGAACGCAACAGGACAAACCAGAGAUUUGCUUCAUGAAAGGUGCUUAUGAAGAAGUGAUUCGAUACUGUACAACAUAUAAUAGCAAAGGGCAUAGCUUACCUCUUAGCCAACAACAAAGAGAUCUUUAUCAGCAAGAGAAAGCAUCCAUGGGCUCUGCAGGACUUAGAGUUCUGGCCUUAGCUUCUGGUCCUGAACUUGGACAACUGUCCUUCCUGGGUCUGGUUGGAAUUAUUGACCCUCCAAGAACUGGGGUAAAAGAAGCUGUCACUGCCCUUAUCACUUCAGGAGUAGAGAUAAAAAUGAUUACUGGAGAUUCACAGGAGACUGCAAUUGCUAUUGCUAGUCGCUUGGGACUGUAUGCUAAAAAUUCUCAGUCAGUCUCAGGAGAAGAAAUAGACACACUGGAUAUACAACAGCUUUCACAAAUAGCACCUAAGAUAGCAGUGUUCUACAGAGCCAGUCCCAGACAUAAACUGAAGAUUGUGAAGUCACUACAAAAUAAUGGUGCAGUAGUUGCUAUGACAGGAGAUGGAGUAAAUGAUGCUGUAGCACUGAAAGCUGCAGAUAUUGGAGUAGCAAUGGGGCAGACUGGCACUGAUGUUUGUAAAGAAGCAGCUGAUAUGAUCCUGGUGGAUGAUGACUUCCAGACAAUAAUGUCUGCCAUUGAAGAGGGUAAAGGGAUUUAUAAUAACAUUAAAAAUUUUGUUCGAUUUCAACUUAGCACGAGUAUAGCUGCAUUGACAUUAAUCUCAUUGGCCACAUUAAUGAACUUUCCUAAUCCUCUCAAUGCCAUGCAGAUCUUAUGGAUCAACAUUAUCAUGGAUGGACCUCCAGCACAAAGCCUUGGAGUUGAGCCUGUGGAUAAAGAUGUCAUUCGAAAGCCUCCAAGAAAUGUCAAGGACAGCAUUUUGACCAGAAAUCUUAUUGUUAAAAUAUUAGUUUCGUCUAUAAUUAUUGUAUGUGGAACAUUGUUUGUCUUCUGGAGAGAGCUGCGUGACAAUGUCAUAACACCCCGAGAUACAACAAUGACCUUCACUUGCUUUGUAUUUUUUGAUAUGUUCAAUGCUUUGAGUUCCAGAUCUCAGACUAAAUCUGUGUUUGAGAUUGGACUCUGCAGCAACAAAAUGUUCUGUUACGCAGUCCUUGGAUCUAUCAUGGGGCAGCUACUAGUAAUCUACUUCCCUCCUCUUCAGAAGGUUUUUCUUACAGAGAGUCUAAGCAUACUAGAUUUGCUCUUUCUUCUGGGCCUCACCUCCUCAGUGUGUAUAGUUGCAGAACUGAUGAAGAAGGUUGAAAGAAGCAGGGAGAAGACCCAGAAACAUGGCAGAUCUUCAACUUUAGCAUCUUUUCUUGAUGUAUGAUGCACAUUGCAUUUUUCUGUUUGCAAAACUAGAAACUGCUGUCUAUGUAGGAGGAAAUAACUUGAGAAGAUAAAGGGCUUUUGAAUAAGUCCUCCUUUUCACUGAUGGAUGAUGAACAUUGGCAAUUUUAAAGACUGUUUAAUUCUAAACUUCCAGCUGGGGGAGUAAGGAACAAAAUUAUGCAACUUUGGUAAUAUUUUUUCCUCAAAGACAACUUUACUUUUCAGAUUGAAUGGAACUUUGUAAGUGUGAGAGAGGCUACUUUAAAAUGAAGUAAAUGUCAAUGUCUCACCCACCUUUUUGCUCGUAAGAGAUAUAUGUGUAUAGAAACGUAUUAGAAUAAAAUAUUUUAGUUUUAUUUUUUAAAAAAACUUUUAUGGUGGUGGUGGGAAUUUGCUAUUAAAUAUUUAAGGCAUUCCAUCUGGUUUGGCGUGAAUUACAAGAUUGCCAUAUUUCAGCACCUGUAUUUAUUUACAUUAUCCUGCAAUGUGUACCUUGUGCUACUUUUUUUUGUAUUCUAAGUUCUUUGCACAGGAUGUGACCACUGUCGGAUCAUUGUCUUUUCUUUCUUUUUGUGAUUGAAAAGCCUAUAUUGCAAUUUUGAAACAAAUGUCUGCUUUUCUUAAAAUGUGUGAAUGUGUAACUUGGUAUUUUAAAUGAAGAUGGGUAACAAAUUGGAAAA